CUCUAACCCCUCCUUUCUGAUCCUCUCUCCCAGUCUCUUCCCUCUAGCUGAACUAGGCUGUGGAGGGGUGCUGAAGCGGUUGCGGGGGGCGGGGUGGCUCCCACCGCUUGGCCCCCCUCUCCAGUUGACAUAAGGUACGUCUGCGGGAGGAGGCGGAGAAGCGGGAGAGAGGUCACGCUCUCUACCUGUGGCUUCGGAGAAAGGUGCAAGCAAAGAAGCGCGAGGGUACGCGCUUAUGGGCUGAGAGAGACGGACACUGGCCCUUUAAUAAUAUCAUAUUGUUUUCUGAAGUGAGCCUCUAUCUCAGUCAAACCGGGUUCUAAAAGUUACUGAGAAAUCUUUUCUGCCCUUCUCUGCAUGGAUGUUGAGGUUAGGCGUGGAGGGGGGACGCCGGGAAUCAUCUUGGCAGGUGUCUAGUCCUAGGAGGGUGUACGGCAGGUUUAACGGGCUUCAUCGCCAGGCCGCGAGUUCCCCUCAGCCCGCUUGGUUUCCUUCUUACUGUGCGGUUGUCUCAGUCAAAAAGCGGGGGUUGAGUCUCACUCUCUAUGUUCCCUGGAGUGAAACCGGAGGGGAUGCAAUCUACCCCACUCCCCCAAACGGUUGCCCUUUUGAAAUGGAGAGCAGUGGAGAUUCCCUUGCUGCAGAUCUGUCUUCCUAAACUUCCGAAAUGCCGACGGGUUUAUGAGCAAAGGGCCUAGUUGAAAAGGAAAGGAGGCUUGGGGUGUGGGGAGAGGAUCCGGGAAGGUGAGGAUUGAGGAUCGGGACUGGAGGGGGGCCUUGGAGCCCUGUACAGGACAGAGCAUAGCUUCUCAUAAGACUUCGAAAAGUCCAUGCUAGACGCUAGGGGUGCUGGAGAUGUUCUUAUCAUUUCCCUUUUGUCUGCUGUCCAGGGUAAACUGAAAUAUCCCAGCAUCUUCCCGAGAGAAUUUCAGUUACCUAGAUAAUCCGAGUUUGAAAAAAGCAAUAGCGAUUACCACCUUUGUAGUCAUUGGGGUUAAAAUGGAGCUAAGGAAAAACAGGAUUAGAUAAUGGUUCUUCGGGCUAUAAUGAUGUCACUGGGGGAGGAAAGGGACCAGAGAAUUACAAAUUCUUGGAUCUGAACUGAGGGAUCUAAAAUGAGAUGGAGGGCUAGGCAAAUUCCAAUCCUGUCUUAUGUGAGUCUUCCUGUAUACCAAACCAGGGGCUUUGGUCUUCUGAAAAAGCAGCAGUACCCCGAGUAUUUAUUGAAGAGGACUAUUAUUGUGGUUUUUAGUGUUGCUGUCCUCAUUUUGAGAACACAUUUUCCUAGACUCAAAGACUAUGCAGAGAACAUCGUGUUAUAAUAUGGACAUUUUCGGCAAUGAAAAGAGCUUCCAGUACCCCCUCCAAACUCCUCACACCUAGUAAUGAUCUACAGGGAGAUUUGAGCAUCACCUGGGAAGUAGCGCAGGAAAGAAAUAAGGGCUCUAAUGCAAAGGUUCUUAACUCUUUGUGUUAAAGGCCCUUUGGCAUCUGCUAACAGGAAUGGACCACCUUUCAGAAUGUUUUUAACUCAUUGAAGAAAAUACUAAACUCUAGUUAGAGGUUAAUGACAAUAAAGAUAUAUAUUUUCCCAAGUUCCCCCUGAAAAAAUGUAGCCAUUCAUACUUUGGGGAUUCAUGGACCCCAACUUUAAGAUCUUAUCUCUAAUUAGACUUAGUCUCCUGAAUUUCAUCACUUAGAAGCCCAUCUCUUUAGCAGAGUCUGGAGAAAGGCUUAAGACAAUUUGGCAGAUCAUUCCAAUACCUGCUCUAUUCUUCCUUAUUUCUUUCCUCUCCUAGACCUCUUUUUUUUUUUUUUUGGCCAAGCGGCCAGGUGAUUUGAAUGCUGCAGGGUAGUUUAGACAUCGGUGACAGGAUAGGGCUCCCGCCUGGAACUGGGGAGUCAAUGAGAAGUGGGAUCUACUUCUCUUUCCUCAUAGAAUAUUCUUUCUCUUCACUCUGUUCCCUUCCAAAUACUGAGGGAAGGAAAGGGAGUUGCUGCAUCAUCUGGCUGAAUAUUUUAUUGUUUUACAUCGCCCUUCGUUCGGAAAUGGAACGCCUUUGAUCUUUUUCUCAGGUUGUAAACGGAAUUGCCCAUCAUUAAAUACCCCCGGCCCCAUCUGCUUCACCUCCCUGCCUUUUUCUUUACAGCUGUUUCUCUCUUUUUACAAUAGACUUUUAAAAAAGGACUUUUAUGACACCCUCUCCCCUUCCAUUCUGUCUCCCCUUCGUUCUUUUUAUUUCCUCUGAGAAGCGUCAGAGAAAAUAACUAUCGAGAUUUUCGUUUGUUCGUGAUCUAAAGGGGGGGGGGGACGGAAGAAGGGAGCCCAGUUGUUCUGUGUGUAGGGUUUUCUUUUUCUUUUUCUGUUUCUGCCUUCUGUUUUUCUUUUUUGAAAUGAAAAGUCCUUUGGGGGCGGGGGACGAGAAAGAGGGAAGCCAGAGGGGAUAAAUUUUGACUUUUGCUCCUCAGCCUUUGGGUGACCCUUCCCUCUUUUGUACUUAGUCAAUGUUUACGUCUCAUAAUUCAUGCGCCGGGGAGUAGAACAGCUUACGGUCUUAGCUCCCGUGCAUUUUCGGAAUCAUCGCAUCUAUUUGCAGGGGUUGGAAGAGGAGUGACACCCCAUAAUACGGGCUAAGCGAACCGCCCCGCCAGGUCUUCCCAGUGCCCUGCUCCGUCCUCACCUCUCAAACAAACAGGCAAAAAGCCAAACCAAACCAAACCAGACUAAUUCCUAUCCCCGCCCUCCCCCCCCCCCGAAGACUGUGCUCUGAGUAAACGAACUGAAGGAUUUCUAUGCCAAGAAGAUCUCUCUGUCUUCUGUAUAUACCCUGUAGAUCCGAAUUUGUGUAAGGAAUUUUGUGGUCACAAAUUCGUAUCUAGGGGAAUAUGUAGUUGACAUAAACACUCCGCUCAUUUUUUUUCCCAGAAGAGAAAAUUUUUUAAAUUCUAGAAUAAAGAGGAUCCAGUGAUGUGACCAGAAGGGCAUUAUUUUCUAUAAGUCCUGAGUUUCUAUGUCUUUCUUUCUGUCUCUUCCUCUCCCUAUUGGACAAGAUUUCUAUCUACCUGAGAUCUCGGCUCCUCACCCUAAUGAACCCACACAGACUGAUUUCUUUCCUCUUUUUAUCUCUUUUCUAGCUCUUUCUCAGGAGACCAGUUUAAAAACACUCUUUCCUUGCCCGGUCACACAAACCUACAUAUGCACAUACAUGUAUGUGUAUGUGUAUAUAUCUAUGUCUAUAUCUAUCUAUCUAUCUAUCUAUCUAUCUAUCUAUCUAUCUAUCUAUCUAUCUAUCUAUCUAUCAAUGGGGCAGGAUCGGAGAUUACCAAACGACUUAGGUUGCUGACUUGGGAAAGGAAAGAAACGGGAGCCGGUCUCCUCAAAUUCAUUUUUCUUUCUAAAGGGAGCUGAGGUCGGGGAAUAAGUCUCUUUAACUUUCAGCUCAGAAUGGGAUGCUGCUAUUUAUACACAAUUGUCAUAAACAAUUACAAAAGACUCUUGGGGGGGGGGGUGUCAUCCUUGGAGCUUCAACAACCACAACAGACACAAUAUUAGCAUUCUUAUCUACUCUAUUGCUAGUCCUAAAUCAGUAUUUCUCUGAAACACUGUUAGUACUUCUCAGAUGUAGCUGAUAUUAAUAAAUUAUUAUUCGUUUAAUGCUCAAAGGUCCGGAUUUUCUUAUACAGCCCCCAACUCUGUUUAUUUCCCUCCAAAAAAUAUAGGGAGCUUCUAGACUCUGGAGUAAGGUGAAAAGUGAGGGAGGGGGGAGAAAUGGGCACAGAGGGACAAACUGACAAGAUCAGCUUAAUAGAGCAGCUAAAUGCGAUUUGGAAGGCGAGGUAUCCCCGAAUUAGUGGAUGAAUUUCCUAUCGAUCCGCAACUGGUUCAAUUCAUCUCUGCCAACCCCCUCAGCACACUCGGGCGGCUCCGACGCCUUGUCUCUCCACUAUCACCACCACCAUCCCCUCCCCACACCCCCUGGAGAAAGACGAAGAGAAUUCAGCCAGAGAGAUACCUUCCCAAUUCCCUUUCCCACCCCCGACUGAAGUGCCCUCUCCAGGAAAAAUCUCGCCCCCUCCCAUUUCUCCUCUUGGGAGCUCAGCUUUUGGGGUCCAAAAGAUCCCUUCUGCUCCUUAGGGUGAAAGAUAGUGGGGGAGGAUGAUGAGGGUAGAGAUAGACACCCCCCCACCUUAGUGGGAAGCUUCAAUGAGGGGUGCUCACUCAUCACCCCCAAUUUCUCCCUGUUUGCACCCGGUCCCCCAGGGACCCUGAAGAGGGAGAGGAAGAAGGGGAGGAGGUCGCACACACAUUGGCCCUAUGUAAAUACUGGUGAUGGGGGUGAGGGUGGGGGAGAGCAGAAGGGGGGAGAAAAAAACCCUCUCUGCGCCGAAGCUCUUUGGCUAGAGUAGGGUCCGGGUGAACAGAUUUCCUUAUCCGGGAAUCGCCGCCGGAGCGGCUAUUGGCUCGGGGGAUCACGUGGCCCCCUAACUUAGUUCACUUGACAGUAAGUAGGUGGGCUUUCGGAAACAGGAAAACGAGUCAGGGAUCGGAAUAAAUUUUAGUAUAUUUUGUGGGCAAUUCCCAGAAAUUAAUGGCUAUGAGUUCUUUUUUGAUCAACUCCAACUAUGUGGAUCCCAAGUUCCCUCCCUGCGAGGAAUAUUCACAGAGCGAUUACCUACCCAGCAACCACUCGCCCGGGUACUACGGCAGCGGCCAGAGGCGAGAGAGCAGCUUCCAGCACGAGGCGGGGUACGGGCGGCGGGCGGCUUGCACCGUGCAGACCUAUGCGUCCUGUCAAGAGCCCGGCCACCCGCCGCCGACGGUGCUGUCCCCGAGGGCUCCAGUCCAGCCGCAGGCAGGGGCUCUUCUGUCUGAGCCGGGCCAGCGCUGUGAGGCGGUCAGCCCCAGCCCCCCGCCACCGCCCUGUGGUCAAAACCCUCUACACCCCAGCCCAUCCCACUCCUCUUGCAAAGAACCCGUAGUCUAUCCCUGGAUGCGGAAAGUUCACGUGAGCACCGUAAAUCCCAAUUACAACGGAGGGGAGCCAAAGCGCUCCCGGACAGCUUAUACCCGCCAACAAGUCUUGGAGCUGGAGAAGGAGUUUCACUAUAACCGCUACCUGACCCGGAGGCGGAGGGUGGAAAUCGCUCACUCCCUCUGUCUCUCUGAGCGCCAGAUAAAGAUCUGGUUCCAGAACCGCCGGAUGAAAUGGAAAAAAGACCACAAGUUACCCAACACGAAGAUCCGUUCAAACACGUCGGGGUCGUCUGGAGGGGCUCAGAGUCGAGCCAAUGCAACCCCCACCUCGCUAUAACGCUCCUGCCCAGGGAGCGGAGACCUUGGAUUAUGGGGGUGGGAGUGGAGAUUGGUGGGAGGGUGAGGGGUGGGGGAGGAGAAAAAAGUGGGAGGGCAAUGGUGCUUAGGACCAGAAAAUUUUGUCUCUGCAGAAAAAAAAUAAUAAUAAUAAAGAGAGAGAAGAAGGGGGAGGGGAAUCUUAUUUAUAGCAAGAACAGAAGAGGGGGCAGAAGUGACCCCCAGAAGCACAGAGUUCGUGGCUCUUGUUUUCUUCCAUUUUUUUCUUUUUUGAGGAAAAAAAAAAGAGGUGGAGAAGAAGGCUACAGAUACUAGUUUUCAGAUUUGGCCAAGAUGGAUCCAUGUUUCAUCUUUAAUCACGCCAACCUCAGGCCCAUUUGUCAUGCUCAGUCUGCCGGAGAGAGGACGGACUCUCUGCCUGCCAUUACCUCGACAACCAGCGCUCGAGCUAACAAAUGAGGCUCUCUUUCUUGAAGACGGACUGGAUUCCCCCCCCCCCAUUCCAUCGCAGGCACCCUAGGAAAGCAUAUUCAGACAACCAGAUAGAACAGUUGGGGGGGGGAGUGGAGAUGGUUAAAGGAAAAAAUUCUCACCCACUUAGAGCUUCCUCUCCCCCCCCCAGUAUGAUUUUUGGUUACCCUCCUUCCUACGUGUUGCAUAGGGAUGUGAUCUGAGAGUGUUGAGGAGACUGUGGAAAGAAAGGGAGUGGAAAGGUCAGGGAUGAGAGUAGGGAUGAGUGGCACCACUGCACCAAGAAAAGAAAUUGAGGCUGAGGAAGAAAAUAAAUGGAGACUAGGAAAAUGUAAAAUGCAUUUGCAUCCCCUGCUAAUGAAGGUACUGGCAGGUUAAUUCGCUUGUGAAUGCUAGAAACCUGAUUAGCUUAGUAACGCUGCCCCAAACCCAAGGACCCUGGAACUCUGAUUUCUCUCUUUCGGAGAGUUUCUUCCUGAGGCAGGGGCCUCCUUUUAAGAACAUUCUGUCCGUUUUCCGACCGAGAAUGUGACCCAGCAACCAGAACUCUGUGCCCCAGUCUGUUGGGAAGAAGGUGCUCUGGGCCUUCAGAUCGUUUGUUGUUGUCGUCUUCUCAUCGUUUUUUUUGUUGUUGUUGUUUUUUUAACUAUGAUGAUGAUGUUUAAGACUAUGAACAAUUUAUUUUAUUUUGUGUGCGUCUUCUCCGUGUUCUCUUCCUGACAUUCCAAAUCAUUCCUGUUGCAAAGCCAACUGGCUCCCUUCAGGAACAGAAAGAUACCUCUUUUGGCAGUCAGUGUGAAAUUUCCCAUGACGUGUUCAUAGUGAAAAUAGAAAUAAAUUUUGGUUCCUUGUGACUAGCUCGGCUGUGUGUUUGUUAAAGCCUUGAUGUAACUCUAGGAUACAGGUGAUGUGACCUAUGCUAGAAACCGCAUGCUAUGCAUAUUAUUAGAAUAGGCCAAAGAUUUUUCAAGAUGCCUGAUAAAACCACUCUUUCUAGUUCAGUUGACCUCAAAUAACAAUAGCAAGUUUUUGUUAUCUAUUUUUUUAAAGUGGUGAUGGUGUGUGUGCACUCCUGUUUUGUUUGGGUUUUAUUUCCCUACCCAGAAAUUGGUCAGAAGGGCCAAGUAGUCUUCCUAACUGGGAGGUUUAAAAAAAGGAUUAAUGAUACAGUACAAGAAACUUAAAUCCUGCUCAGACUUUGAUAUGGUCAUUUAUUUGUUCUAAGCACAGAGAAUGUCUUUCUGUGGACUCACUCUCAACAAUCCUCGCUUUGGAGACUAAAGUUUCUAAGAUAGUGAGACAGUUCCCCAAGGAAGCAGACCUCCCUUUCUCCGACUUGGGAAGGUACCUCUCUGGUACUAGUCUCCUCCGAGGUGUUUAACGCCUUAAUGAGUCUAAUUUUUUGCACAGAUGUUUCUCGGUGUUUGCAGGUUUUCCGAGGAUUUUUAUAUUACAAAGGAGCCGGCUGGUGCCAUAGCUCAAACUCUGACAAGCAAAUAGAUAAUCAAGAAGACGAAUGGCCUCUUUUGUGAAGCUCCCCUCUUGUAUUAAUUUUCAUUUUCUUUCUCAUAGAAAGUAUCGAAAGAGAGACUGGGGGACCCAAUAGCAUUGGGGCUCUGAAGGUCCGAUUGCCCCGAGACUGUGUAUUUUUUGAGGGAGGAGUUAUAGAAAAAGAGGACAACAAUUGAUUCUCUGGUGUAAUGUUCGAGGACACACAGUCUUGACUUAUGGAAGGCGCUAAUUCCUAUAGCGAGUCCUUACUCUGACUUUCCAGCCUUUACUGUAGCUAAGGUCUCCUACCAUUCCUAAAGAGGAUGUUAGCUACCUUAAAUAGCAUUGUUACUUUGUGGCAUCUUCCUUAGUCCAAUAAAAAAAGUCCCUAAUUUC